UCUUCGGCUCUGUGAUGACCUUGCACCGCUCCUCGACAUUGUGAACAGUGCGCAUGCGCGUAACCAACAUCCGGAAUGCCAGCCCACGUGGGUGUGUUGAUACUUCCAGCCUAACACCACCAACUAAUAUCCCUGUACACGUCCUUGCUAACACUUUUGGUUAAAUAAAUGGCCUCCCAAGGAGAUACGUCAGAGGAACCAGAGGUGCCCAACAAGAUUGAAUGCGAGGAUCUGGUAACCACACUGGCAUGCCAUCCAUUUCAAGACUUAGUGGCAGCAGGCUUUAUUGACGGUAAUAUUCAUCUGUACUCUUACGCUGUAGGAAAACCUUGAAACUUGAGAGAACAACUUGUACACCAUAGGAAAUCAUGCAGAGCCCUCAGCUUUUCACUUAGUGGCAAACGUCUUUAUACAACUGGCAAAGACAAGUCACUCUGGUGCAUCGAUACUGAGACAGGGGGGAUACGAAGAAAAAUCAAAGAUGCUCAUGAUUCUGCUGUAUAUAGCCUGCUGGUGACUGGUGAACGAUUUGUAGCCACAGGUGAUGAUGAUGGUGUUCUUAAGCUGUGGGAUAUGCGAACAAAGACAGCAUCAAUGACAUUGAAAGAAUGUGAAGAAUUCAUUAGUGAUAUGGUUAUAGAUCAGCAGCAUAAAAUACUAGUGGCUUCAAGUGGUGAGGGCACACUAACAGCAUUCAACAUUCGACGUAAAAGGAUGGAUCUUCAGUCCGAGCUGUUUGACUCUGAAUUUCUAAGUAUUCCCAUUUAUUUCUAUUUUAUGCAGGAUGAACAGAAAGUGUUGUGCGGUUCAGGUGAUGGGACCCUCAACAUUUUCAACUGGGGACAGUGGGGCAACAUCAGUGAUCGCUACCCUGGUCAUCCCAUGUCUAUUGACUCUAUUCAGCCAAUCACCCAAGAUAUAGUUUGCACUGGUUCCUUUGACGGCAAGAUCAGGGCUGUGCACAUUCUCCCAAACAGAUUUCUAGGGGUGGUUGGUGAACAUGAAGAGCUUCCCAUAGAGGCACUUUCUCUCACCCACGAUGGACAGUACCUGGUCAGCUGUUCCCAUGAUCAGUGUGUGAAGUUCUGGUAUGUCGGUGAUUUAAAGGAUAUCAAAGUGGACACUUCUAAAAAGGCGAAAAGCAGUGUUAAAAGGAAACCUAUUGGAAAGGCAGCAAAAAAGAACGAUUUCUUUGCUGGUUUGGUCGACGACGAGCCAGAAGGUGAUGGUGCAGUUGAUAGUGACAGUUGUAAUGACAGUAGUGAUGAUGAUUCAGACUGAUCUUUGUCAGCAGAGAGCAACCACAAGAGUACCAGAGAACUGACCAGCACUCAAAACUAGUUUGUCUUGAAUAAAGGAUGCAUGUACUUUUUAAAGAAAAUAAUUUCCUUGUUUGGUAAGUUAAGUUGUGGUAAAGCCAGUCAUCAUAAAGAUGGCUGUUCAAAAAGCUGUCACAGUCCUUCAAUCCAUUAAGUGAAAAAGGAGGAUAUAGGCUUUUUGCUUUUAAAAACUGCAGAACAGAACAAAAACAUUCCUACCAUUAUAAAGCGUAUGAGAAAACAGGCACCCAUAGGUUAGCAUUCACAGGCGUUUAUUCUACCAGUAAAUAUUCCUGUACAUCUAACACAUUUCUCCAGUUGGCGCAGAUCUUACUAGUUUCUAAUGGUGCCUUUGAACCUAUUCAGUCAAACCCAAAAAUUUAGCUUAAAGUUGCUGACAGGUUAAUAAAUUAACAAAAAAAGUAAAGGUAGGUCCCCUAACUUUACAUCACUGGGGAAUACAAUGUUUGAUACAUCCACUUUUUUCCAGCUGUUUUAGAUGGAGCGGUGCACUUCUCUCCUUUAACUUAACAGUCUAUAGAGACAGGUACAGUCAACUGGAGAAGCAGGCUGUGCCACAUGGGUAUCAAAUUGCUAACAUACAUGCUUUCAGGGUUCAGAGGUCAUUAUUCUAACAACUAGACUACCUAGUCCGCCACAGUGUUUUCGUUAGUUUGUCACAAAUUGGCUUUUUUUUUUUUUUUUUUUGGCUAGGCGAUGGGGGGUUGAAAGGUAAAGUACAUGCAGACUAAACAAUUCAGAUGUCACUGACGGCCCUAGCAAAUACAGUUUCCAGGUUGGGUUGCCAUACCAGCAAAUCUACUUUUGUGAAGGAGGUUAUUCACAUAUCUCCCUAAUGAUCAAAAGCUUAAAUCUCUUAAUUGGAACAUAUAGCUCAGAUUUAAAAGAUCAAUACUAUGUAGUGACCGAAACCAAGUCAUUUGAGGAAGAAGAAAGAAAAAAAAAACCCCUCUGGGUAGCUAGGGGAAAGGUAAAGGGAGAGAACCCACUGCUCAGAAUGCUGUUCAUUCAUUAACAGCUGUUCCAUGUGUGAAGUGCUGUUAUACAUGAACACCUGAGGCAGUAGUUUGAAGUGCAAAUAAAUAAAACUAGAUAAAAUGUACAACAAAAUAUGAAUAUCACCUGAUUGGGUUCCCCUCCCCCCCAAGUCUUCAUGUGCACAUCCUUAAGAGGCUCAUAAAAAGUGCUACUUGCUUCAAAAUGAGAAUGAUUAGCUCAAAGUUAUGUUUCCAUUGUCUUACAUGAGUUUGAUUUGCCCGACUAACCCUAAAUUUGUGUUAACAAACAACAAGCUGUCUACCCUAACUUCACUUCAGCUUCUGCUUUUCUCUAACUCCCCACAGUCCAGUGCCACAAUGGCUAGCGCCUGUCACCAAUACAGGAUUGGCUCUCCUAGGUUUGGAUUGUAUUUUUAGCAUGCUGCUCUUUCUCUGCAUGUGGCACUUGUCAUAAAAUACCUGUUUCCCCCCAACAUUCGCUGAUCUCCCUACCUCCAUUUCCCCUUGUAAUGGACUAAUGGCCAAAUCAGUCAUGAAGAGCUGGCUUUUAUUCAUACACCAUCCACAAGCACAAACAAAACAGGCUGAACAUAGAAAAGACAAGGUGUUAUUUCAGUUGUGAACUGGUAAAGGGUGCCUGGCCUACCAUAGAGUACAAGUUUGAUUCUUCAAUUUUUUCAAAUGCUGACUUGGUGUUACACAUCAACAGCAUACAAAACAAUCCCAACUUUUUACGGUCAUCAUUUAAUGAUACUAAACAUUUGAUAAACAGAGAUUAAAAAAUGAAAAUCAUUGCAAUUGAUAUUGGCCUAAACAAUGGACAAAAUAUGAGAAAAAUGAAGCCUCAAAUAUGAAAAUAGUUCAUCUUAACAUAGCACCAACAUAAUAGUGCAGAAGUAAGUGCUUCUCGUGUGUUUACAUGAAAACUGAAAGCCAUUUUCCUAAUAUUUUUAAAGAAACUUAUCAGUACUGGGAAAAAUUGGAAUUUCAUCAAUGUCUUUUUGGUGGGAUGUAUAGUUACCAGAUAACUCUUAAUUAACUGUGUUCAUAAUGACUACAUGUACCAGUUAAAACAAAUUCUUAUAAGGAUGCAUUACUUGACAAUAUGAGUGAACAUGACUUAAAAGGAACAAAAACCUUUUAUACAUUUCUGGCUAUUUUCAUGUCAAGACUUAAAUUUUGUAUAAUUGAUGAAGGAAAGUGACUGUCUUCCUUAUUUCUAACAUGAUGGCAUAAGGAAAUGAUUUUAAAACUGCACUCAUUUUCACCUUAAUAUCUCAAAUUCAACUAAUCAAUCUUAAAAUGUAUUAAUUCUGUAACAAAUAGGUGAACAAAAAACUACUGCUUUUAAUGUAUUUUAUACAUUACACCCAAAGUGAUGAGUGUCAACAUUUACAGACCUUAUCUGAAAUUUCAUUCAUACAUUGCUUAGUUUUGUGUUACCUUUGGUGCUGUAAAGCAUUUGUUUUAAAAAAAAAAAUAGCAGGUCUAUGAAAGUGUGACAUUUGUCCACUCUUAAUUUUCAAUGUAGUAGUUCAAGAAUAAUUUCUAAGGUUAUUUUAUUUCUGACAAAAUGAAAAUCAGUAAAUGAACUUUCCAGAGCUUACAAUCUUUUGAAACUACAAUGUAUUGUCCUUUGAUAACCUUUAAUCACCUCACUUUAACGCAAUAGUGGUCAACAUUACCACAAUAUUAUUACUGAAGUCCAGCAAAUGAAACUGAAUAAUUGCUAAAAAAGGGAGAUUAACAUAGGCAUGGCGGCACAUUGUAUUUAAAGUGGCUGCUAUAGAACAAAAAAAUGAAACAGCAAAUGAUGAUGACUGUUGUUGACACAUUAACUUUACAUAACUGACCCGAGUUCUUCACUAAAAGUCUUACAAGCAGAAUAAAAGAACAGUUGGGGACAGGUUCUGAUAUAAUGGUUACAACAAAACAGCAAAAACAUGAUGACACAAACAUUUCGGAGAGACUCACUUGUCACCAAUCAUAAAAACAUUUAUGAGCAGCUCAUUGGUUAAAUGAGUAAAAAGGCAGGGAACAGUGAGGAAAUGAUGGUGCUGGUGACAUGUCUGAAAUUCUCAUAAUGGUGCGGUGAAUAGUGGAAGUCUUAAACUAGUAGCUAGCAGUAAGAUAAAAGGUUAAAUGCCUCAUCAGAGAACAUGGAAAAAUAUGUAAAUUAUAUCAUAGCAUGUCCAGUGAUAUCCUGCAAAAGCAAUAACUUAAAUUCUUAGAAAAUGCAUGGAAGAUGCAAAGUAUAGAUUGUGACACUUGAUAAGGAUAUCUCAGUUUAGUCAAGAACAUAAUUUUGCAGCAUCUGGAAAUUCCAAAACAUACUUGGCACACACUUUGUGGUCUCAGCAUUUUUUUGUUACCCCUGAGUUUCUCUAAGCAAAAACCAAAAACUUUAGUAAAUUACAUAUUUUGCGAUGUUGAGAAUCGUGCAUUAAUGAUAUAUGGACAUAAUUUAAAAACACAUAAAUGUGGCAAUGUAAAAGCACAAUUAACUGUAAAAAAAAA